GCGCACUGUCCUGAGGGCAGGGACGCGGGCGGCGUCGCGCUCUGCGCCGACCAGGGACUCCGUCAUGAACUGCGUGGGGUCGGCGGCGCCUGCGGCGGCCCUGGUAUCCGUUCCCUCGCUGCGUGUUCCCCGCUAACGGGCCAGGUGAAGAUGGCGGCGCGAGGUGCGGUGCGCGGGUCCGGGCCGGCGGGGUUGGAUGCAGCCUCGGGUUCCGCGCGAGACUUCAACGUUAUGGCCGGGAGGCAUCCGAAUCGCAGUUUUCCUCUCCCUGGAGCACAGUCUAGUGGUUUGGACAGUGCUAUUUUGGAGGAGGAUGCCGAAGUGUAUGAGCUUCGAUCCAGAGGGAAAGAGAAAGUUCGAAGAAGCACAUCAAGAGACAGACUUGAUGACAUUGUCUUACUAACAAAAGACAUACAGGAAGGAGACACCUUAAACGCAAUAGCCCUUCAGUACUGCUGUACGGUAGCAGACAUCAAGAGACUUAACAAUCUCAUCAGCGAUCAAGACAUUUUUGCCCUUAGAGCUAUCAAAAUUCCAGUGAAAAAGUUUAGUUCAUUGACUGAAUCACUUUAUCCUCCAAAAGGAAGACUGGGUUCACAGCCCUCGCCUGCUCAGUAUGCACCAGAACAACAGGAAAUUCUGCCAGCAAACAACUGUCUUUCAUCCAGUGAGUCAGCUGGUAGUUUUUUAAAAGAAGUGGAUCGAGACAUAGAACAAAUAGUGAAGUGUACAAACACCAAGAAGGAGAACCUUAAUGAAGUGGUGUCUGCCUUGACCACACAGCAAAUUCGUUUUGAACCCGAUAACAAAAACACAAAACGUAAGGAUCCCUAUUAUGGAGCAGAUUGGGGAAUAGGGUGGUGGACAGCUGUGGUGAUAAUGUUGAUAGUAGGUAUAAUAACACCAGUGUUUUAUUUGCUGUACUAUGAAAUUUUAGCGAAAGUGGAUGUUAGUCACCACCAUUCAACAGUGGACUCUUCACAUUUGCAUUCAGGAGUCACACCCCCAUCACAGCACAGAGAACUGGAGAAUGGCCUUGCUCCCUCCAGAGGCAUGCAUGCUGGCCAGCAGGAUGGCCGCAGACCGUAUGGCGCUUCUCAGCCAGCUGCUGCUCCACACAGAACGUAGCAGUUAGCUCCUCACAUUGCAUCGGGAGUGUGGCGAAGCCUGUUCAGUUACCACUGCAGAGGCAGGAUGUGAGGUGAUCAGAGAUGCUGUGUUUGUUCUACCUAGAACCUUUUGAGCUUUUAUAAGUGGAUUAUAUAAAAAAUCCCUACAGUUGCUGGUUGUUAAGUAAAGAGCACUCGACCCAUAAGUCUGUUUUAUCAAUACUUAAAGGAAAAAAAUGAAUUUAAGUGUGUGUUUAGGAAGCUCUUAGACAAUGGGUUUUCUUAUUCAAGAAUAGAUGUGUUUGAAUUGGAUCUUUUAAGUAAUUUUUAUUUAGAGUUAUGCUACAUUUCAGAAGCAGAAUGAUGGUGGUAUCAGAUGUCUAAAAAGAAAAUAUACUACUGUGAACCACCAAAUUACUUAGUUGCCAAAAAGUUUGAUUCUAAAAUUAUUUGAUAGCAAGUACUUCACAUUCCUUUUUGAAAUUUUUAUUAAAAAAAACACAUUUGGCACCUAUGCUAGGCAACAGGAACAUGUUUAAUUCUGACAGAGGCUAAGAAAUAAAUUAGAUUUUUAAGGCACCAAGAUAAUGUGGUACAGUUGAAAAUUUGGCACUUGAUCACUACUAGAACACAGGAGUAGGUGAAAGCUAAAAAUAAUUUUUCUCUCUUAAAGAAUGUUUUAAGACAGAUCCUUUAACCUCACUUCUGCUUCUGUUUUCAAUUGAUAAUUUGAAAGCACUUUGUAGUUCAAUGAAGUGUUAUAGUACAAAUUAGCAUUAUUUAGAAAUAUAACUUCUUACAUACUGUGAUAAGUCACUGCUGUUACAUAUAGUAACAUGCCUUAAUUACAUUUAAUGCCUUAUACUAUGCUUUAUGUAAGUUGAUACAAGUUUUAGAAUUGAAGUAGAAUUUCAGUUGGUUCAAUUGGAUGCAUUCACAGAGGCGUAAAUUCCACCUUACCCUCACUUGCAAAAAAUAGUUACGCAAAAGCAAGUUGAGACGUUUUCUCAUACCGGAGAAGUGGCUUCUCUUGUGGACCCGCUAACCUCGUUUUUCAAAGUGAUAGUGUGCAGCUAAGACUCCCCGCUGAACUCUAAUGUCCUACUGGAGAAUACAGGCCAAAGGGGUGAUUGGGUAAAAGGGCUUGGUGAGACCACUUUUAAGAUCUGCCACGCAACAGCCACAGUUGGCUGAGAGACAUUUGCGUACUGAUUUCCAUCCUCCACUUUUUAAAAAUAUCUGUUUUUAAAAUGCAACU